AUGGCGUUUCGACUUACCACCUGGAAUGGAUACUCUGGCGUCGCCAUCUACACACGCAACUCUACAUGUGCUCCUAUACGAGCUGAAGAAGGAAUCACCGGCAUCUUGACUCCUCCAAAGUCCAUGACUAGAUACCGCGAUCUCCCAGACGACCAACAGAUCGGUGGCUAUCCUCGACCUGGCCAGCUCGACGGUAUCGUCGACGAAGCAACUCUGGACUCAGAGGGCCGCUGUGUCAUCCUUGAGUUUCCAGGUUUUGUACUCCUUGGGGUUUACAGUCCUGCAAACCGCGAUGAAACCCGCGACGAUUUUCGAAUCGGUUUCCUUCAAGCACUUGAUGUGCGGAUACGAAACUUAGUCGCUGCAGGGAAGCAGGUCGUUCUCACAGGCGACUUGAACAUUGUUCGCUCCGAGGUUGAUUCGACCAAUGUCGCGGAGACGCUUCGCAAAGGAAAUCUCGACCUGAGCGAAUGGAUGAGCAUGCCUGCGCGGCGCAUCUUCAACCAACUCAUCUUUGAAGAGGGCGUACUUGGGGACAGAGGCCAAAGCCACAAAGAUCCUGUCCUUUGGGAUUUGUGUCGCUACUUUCACCCCGAGCGAGCUGGCAUGAAUACCUGCUGGGAUACCAAGCGCAACACACGCCCUGCCAAUAACGGAAGUCGGAUCGACUACGUCUUAUGUAGCGACGGUAUCAAGACCUGGUUCAACUUCUCGAACAUUCAGGAGGGCUUGAUGGGAUCUGAUCAUUGUCCUGUCUUUGCCACUUUCUCCGACACAGUGAUGGUACAGGGCGAGGAACGUGCUUUACCGGAAAUGAUGAACCCACCUGGCAUGUUUCAAGGCGAGCGGCGCCUUCGAGAUUGGAAUACGAAGGAUCUGCUUCCUUUGUCUGCAAAGCUGAUGCCAGAGUUUGACCGACGUCAGAGCAUCCGCGACAUGUUCACAAAGAAAGCUACCUCAGCCGCCCCUCCACAAGAACCUGCGAAUCCAGGCGCUGCUGCAAAAUCUUUAAUGGAUGGGGAUGGCAGCGCUGAAGAGUUCAAAGAGACGUCGGAUGCAGCUUCAGAGCCCCAAGCCAGCACUCCACUUACACUAAAGCUGGGUGAGACUCCUGGCCCAACCAAACAGUCCGUCUCUCCACUGAAUGCUAAAAGACCUGGAUAUGCCACCAGCACGACAAGCCGGCCACUCAAGAAGUCCAAGUCUUCGAUAGGUGCCAAAGAUCCCAAGAGCAAGGUGGCGCCUGGUCAACGCACGCUACAAGGGUUCUUCAAGCCCAAAGCGCCAGCGGCUCAACAUGACAGGUUGGGGCGAGUGGAGGCAAGUUCUAUUCCCUCCCCGACAAAGAAACCAACAGUCUCGACAAGAGGAAUAACCAGUCCGCAACAAACAAACACUCCAGAAGCUAUGUUUACAGAACGGUCACCGCUCAGGGUCUCUCAUCGCGGAAACGGGCCCGACUCUCCUGACAGAGUGUUCGACCCAAUAGAAGCCAAGGAGUCAUGGUCCAAGUUGCUGGGAAAGAGGGUUGCACCAAGAUGCGAACAUGACGAACCCUGCAUAAGCCUUACUACCAAGAAAUCGGGAGUCAAUUGUGGUACGUCUUACAACGGCAACUGA